CACCAUCUACUUAUUUCCAUCAUUCUCGUCCACGACCCACGUCGAGUCCGCGUGAAGAGGGAGCAGCGAGUGUCGGGGAAUCCCUGGUCUCGUUUAUUUUGUAAGUCAUUGUUGUGAGGUGAGUGCUUCCCAUGUUGGCUUGUUGUCGAGUUGCCGUUAUCUUUCAGUGAAUCGUGAAUCAGUGCAGUGUACUGUUUUAAUUCCACGACGACAGUGCUACGAAGGUCAAAUCCCGGUAUCCCACAACUCAAAUCUAUGUUUAGGCACAGUGUUUAGGUAUUUGGCACUUUCGAAUUGAAUUGAAGCCAUUGAAGGUUAUUGUUAUUUUCAUACUGUCAACUGAUUGCCUAUCAUAAUUUAUCCACCAAUAGUAUAACUAGGACAUUUUUGAAAUAAGCGAUGAAUCGAAAUUCACGGGGAAGUCACACCAGAGAUUCAAGCCGGGGUCCCGAAAAUUCUAGAGGUAGAGGAAGAAGUGGACGAAAUCGCGGAAACAACUCAGGAAGAGGAAGAAGAAAUAACAACAAUGGAGGCCUUGAUGAUUCCCCGGACACCGGUAGGAGUAACGACAGCAGACGCGAAUUCGUAGUGAGAAGAAUGCCAUUCAAACAAGCAGAAACUCUCAGCAACAACGAUGACGUAGAGGAAGUUGUACAAAAAGUCUUCAAUGACAGAUCCGGUUUCAAAUUGGUACUCGAAGACAACGAACUCAGUGGCGAUUGGAUAUGCCUCAUUGCCCACAUCUUGAGCAAAGUUUCCCGCAGCAGCUUCCAAACUACCAAACUGAAGAUUUACAAGGAUAUCUUCGCUAAUAGUUCGUUUGCUAAGCAACUGAAGGCGUUCGUUGUCGGUUUACCGUACCAGGAUGACAGAGAGAAGAGAGGAAACAGCUUUUUCUGGAGAGACAGUGACAAGUUCUGGAUGGACCUCAUUGAAAUUUUCAAGGAUAUUAUAACGACUCCGACUUUCGCUGGCGAAACCUUACCUACUCUUCUCAAGGCCAUAGUAAAUAAUCUCCCGACCUUGGAGGAAGAACAGAGUAUGCAUAUAUCUGAAGGUAUCAAGACAGAAUUCUUAGCGUUGAAGAUCAAAGUGGAAGACAUGAAGCAAACUAUGAAGGAUCGAUAUCAGUCACAGCAAACGACUCACUCUAAUAAUUAUAGAGAACAAGAAGAUGAUUGGAUGCCGCCGGAAGACUUCAGGACUAUAAGUGUGCUGCCCAAUGUCCAAGAAGUGACGUGCAAGGAAACACCGUUUUUGCGCUGUAAUAAGCUCAAAGGGAGUUACAAGUCCAUCGAUCACUACUUGGAUGUGCAAUUCAGACUUCUCCGUGAGGAUUUCGUCAAGCCCCUGAGAGACGGCAUUUGCCAGUUCCUGGAAAACCCCACGCAAAAACGCUACGACAAUAUCAAAAUCCACCCGAAGGUGCACUUCCUGUCCGAAGAGAACAUCAAUGAGUUGAAGUGCUUCCGCAUCAAAUUCGACUUCUCGAAGAAAACGAGGGCGCUGAAGUUCGAAAACUCCAAACAGUUUAUGUUCGGGUCGCUGGUUUGUCUCACCAGGGACAAAUUCGUGAAUUUAUUGUUCGCCAAAAUUGUGAAAAGAGACGCUGAUAUGAUCAAGAAAGGGGAGCUCGUUAUCGGUUUCGACGACCAUAACAACACUGAUUUGAACAUCAUUUUCAACGUCGAUUACAUAAUGGUAGAAAGCAAAGUGUACUUCGAACCGUACUACCACGUGCUCAUGGCCAUGCAAAGAAUGUCCAACGAGAAGUUCCCUAUGCAGGACUACAUCAUAUUCGGCAAUUCUAGAGUUCACCAACCUGAAUACAUGGUCGGCGACAAUGUUUACCUAAGAGAUUGGAGGGUUAUCAGAGACCUGAACGGCUCUCAAGUAACUGCCUUCAAAGCUGCCCUCAGUCAGGAAAUCUCAGUCAUACAGGGUCCUCCAGGAACUGGAAAGACUUUCCUGGGACUGAAAAUCGCAGACACCCUGCUGAGGAAUAAAGAAGCUUGGUUCAAUCACACCCCCAUGUUGGUGAUCUGUUACACCAACCAUGCUCUAGAUCAAUUUCUCGAAGGGAUUGCAAAAAGCACCGAGAGGCUCCUGAGAAUUGGCGGACAAUCCAAGAACGAGAACCUCCAAAGAUUUAGCCUGAAGAACAAGAAGAAGGGAAAGAAGAACCCUUCGUUUUACCAAGCCCAGAGGGAGUUGAACGUCAGUUUGAACAGUUUGAAAGUUUGCGACAGCAUGAUCAACGAAGUCAGGCAGUACAAAGGAAUCUUGGAUUUCGCAUGUUUCAAACAUCUGAUAAAUGAAAACGAUAGAGGUAGUUAUUGGUAUGCGACCGCAUCGAAAGAAGAGAUCAAGCAAUGGUUGUUUGAAGGAUCAAGAGGUUAUGUUCCACCACCACCAGCUCCACAGCCUGCCCAACCACGAAAAGACCUCAACUAUCUCAGUUCCGACGAAGAUGAUGAACUCACCGACUUUUCGGAAGAUGAAGAAGAAGUAGAAGACGAAGAUUUCGUCCGCAUGCUCAGCAUUUUCGGUACUCACCGGAUAUCCAACAUACAAUAUUCAGUUACCGUUGAUUCCAUCAGCAAAAAAAUAUUGGAGCAAAAAAAUACUAUCACGAUAAGAGGAGGUCAAGCUAAUGACAAUAUUUUGCGGCAACUGCAAAACGAAAUGUUAUUUUUGGAGACAAAAAUGAACGAUUUGAGAAACAACCGAAUACCUCCAAUAUACAGCAGAGUCAUCUACAACUUCCACGAGCUGAACCACAAUCAACGCUGGUCUGUGUACAGUUUUUUCGUGAAGCAGUAUCUCUCUCACUUGAUCGAGGAAAGAGAAAAAAUCAACAAAGUCUAUCAAGAGAAGUACGUCAUUUACAUGGAACAACGAGACAUGGAGGAUGUUAAACUUAUGCGAGAUAGCCUGGUGAUUGGCAUGACAACAACCAGUGCUGCCAGGCUCAGAUCGACCUUGAACGCACUCAAGAGUCCGAUAGUGAUCGUAGAGGAGGCAGCGGAAGUUCUUGAGGCCCACCUCAUAGGUGCCCUCACGGUACAUUGCCAGCAGCUCAUCCUGAUAGGGGGAUCAUCAGCAGCUGCGUCCCACUACGGCCGACUACAAAGUGGAGACGCACUACCAGAUGGGCGUCAGUCUGUUCGAACGGCUGGUGCGGAACGAUGUGCAGUGCCACACGUUGAACGUGCAACACCGCAUGCGGUCGGAGAUAUGCAGCCUCAUUCGGCCAGCGAUCUAUGCGAAGCUGGAAGACCACGAGUCGGUCCUAGGACGAGAAAACAUAAAGGGCAUGAACAAAAACUUAUUCUUUCUGACCCAUUCCAACAAAGAAGAAAGUUGCGGAGAUUCUACAAAGAAGAAUCUACACGAAGCCAAACUCCUUAUAAAUUUGGCAAAGCACCUCAUUCUGAAUGGCUACAAACCAAAUCAAAUCACCAUUCUUGCUGCCUACUUGGGACAAAUGUUUGAGAUGCAAAGAGAAAGGAAGAAAAAUAGUCUGGUGCUCAGGGACGUGAGGAUUUCUGUGCUGGAUAAUUAUCAGGGAGAAGAGAGCGAUAUUAUUUUGUUGUCAUUGGUCAGGAAUAACGCCGAGAUGAAGAACGGAUUUUUAAAGAACACUAACAGGGUGUGCGUCGCACUAUCACGUGCUAGAAAUGGACUGUACAUCAUGGGGAAUAUUCAGCAGUUGUGCAAUGAUCGUGAAUCGAUAUGGCACCAGAUAAAAGAAAAACUCGUUGAACAAGGCGCUCUGGGCGAAACCCUCGAGCUCCGUUGUCAGAUUCAUGACGUCAUCACCAAGGUGAAAAAAGACGAGGACUUCAACAAGUCGCCGGAAGGUGGCUGUUUGCGGCCGUGCAACGCAAGUUUGCCAAACUGCAGCCACUUCUGCAAGAUCAUAUGUCAUCUGGAAAACAGGGGUCACGAAGGGUACAAGUGCAUGGAGGCUUGUGGGCGUUCGCUCUGUACUAGAAAACCGGAGAAACAUAUUUGCACUUUGAGGUGCUUCGAGAAAUGCCCCCCCUGCUACUAUUUGGUCGGUUGGACGUUGCAUUGCGGCCAUCAAGUCACGCUGCCGUGCCACCAAGAUCCGAACACGCACAAAUGCGUCGAGCCUGUGCUAACCCUACUACCCUGCGGCCACAAGGAAAUGAAGCCCUGCCACGUCAGGCCGGAAGACUUUGCGUGUCCCGUCGACUGCAAGGCCACGUUGGAUUGCGGCCACGUGUGCAUGCUGAGCUGCCACGACAGGAGGGAUCCCGAUCAUCUGUCGUAUAAAUGUCCUAAACCAUGUGCAAGAGUACGUGGAGGAUGCAGCACUAAGGACCACUCGUGCAGAAAAUUCUGCUAUGAAGAAUGUGAACCUUGCACUGAGCAAGUGAUGAAGCACCGGACUAUUUGUACUCAUGUCUUCAAAGUUGCUUGUAGCUCCAACGUCGACACGUUGAUCUGUGAAAAGCCUUGCAACAGAACCCUGCCGUGUGGCCACCAGUGCAGGAAAAAAUGUUGUGACGCGUGCGGCCCUUGCGAAGUCAAGGUCGAGAAAGUCAUAGCCUCCUGCGGCCACAAAGUGACCGUGCGUUGUUGUCAAGUACCGAGUCGCCAGGACUGCAGAGAGAAGUGCCAGAGGAUGUUAGCGUGCGGCCACGCAUGCGUCGACCUGUGCAAGAUGGCGUGCACGGAGAAGUGCGAGGAGAUGGUUGCCUGCCAGCGGAACAGCCCGUGCGGUCACGUGAUCGAAAGGAUCAAAUGCUUUGAACAAGGCCUCCCACUGGACGUCCAAGUACUACUCAAGUACUGCUCUGUGCCGUGCCUGGUCACCCUGCAGUGCGAGCACAAGUGCGGCGGCACGUGCGGCCAGUGCUUCCAGGGCCGCGUGCACGCCAGAUGCCAGGAGAGGUGCGGAGUACCCAUGGUAUGCAACCACGAGUGUCCCAUACCGUGCCGGGAGGCCUGCAGACCUUGCGAGAAGAAAUGCACGUACAAAUGCGACCACAGCCACUGCACCAAGAAAUGCGGAGAGGUGUGCGUCCCAUGCGCAGAAAAGUGCUCAAGGAAGUGCCCACAUCAGAAAUGCGACAGGAAGUGCAGCGACAUCUGCUUGGUGAAACCGUGUACUAAACCAUGCCCUGAGAAACUGAUAUGCCGUCACCAAUGCGUUGGGUUCUGCGGGGACCCGUGCCCCAAAUUGUGCAGAGUUUGCGAUAGGGAAGAGCUGACAGAGAUAUUGUUUGGGACUGAGGAUGAGGAGGACGCCAGAUUCGUGCUGCUAAUAGACUGCGGUCACGUGUUGGAAAGCAGUGGUAUGGAGACGUGGCUGAAGGGGGAGAACGAAGCGGAGAUCCAGGUGAAGGUGUGCCCCAAAUGUAAGACGCCGAUAAUCAACACGCAGAGGUACAGCGAGUACCUGAAGAAGGCCAUGGUGGACAUCCAAAACGUGAAGAAGCGGCUGAACGGCAGCCCGGAAGCGAAUCGCGAGAUGAGGGUGCAAUUGUUGACGAGAAUCUUGUUGUUGAAACAACAUCGUAUCAGCAAAUUCUCCAUAUUAUUCUCUUCUGCAUUGAAAGAAACAGAAUCCCGCCUGGAAGAAACCAAGUGGGACGUGGAGAGAGGUCGCGUCAGGCAAUCUUUCAACGCCGUCAUUUUGAACUCGAUAACUUCCAAAGUCCAAAUCCUGGAACACAUCGCCAAAAUUUUCGUUUCUGGGACAGACAGCCCAGAGGUCCAGGCCCAACUUUCUUUCAUCCUCGAUUGCAUACAGAGGAAUGAGGUGCAUGUGACCAAUCAAGAGAUAGACGACAUACAAAUGGAAAUUAGCAGAUUGAAGCCUCGCAUCCAGCACAUAGAAAAACUGGUCAACACUCGCAACAGAUACACCAAAGCCAUCGAUGAAUCCGUCCAGGAGAUGAUGAAGACACUGGAAAGCGGCAUCAAGAUCAGCGAGUUCAAGUGUCCCAACGGGCAUCCCUACAUCAUCACGGAAUGCGGGGGAGCCAUGCAGGAGUACACUUGUCCAGAGGCGGGGUGCGGAGAGAAAAUCGGGGGCACGCAUCAUACGUUAAUCGGUACUAAUCAGCUGGCUUCGGAGAUGGACGGGGCUAGGUUUGCCGCUUGGUCAAAUAUGGCGAAUAAUUUGGGAAAUUACGAUAUACCGAUGUAGAGAAAAUUUCACCGCGUUUUAUUGGAUAUGAGAUUUGUUGAUUUAAUGUUUUUCUUGUGUACUUGCAUGAACAUGUUUAUUUUAUGGGAUCACUAAUUGUUAUUUCCAUCAUUAUUAUAUAUCAGUGCAUCAGAACGAGAUGUCCUCGAACUAGUCGACCAGCUCACAAUUUAACAGAUACAUACGAUGGAUAGUCAAGUAUCCAACUGGACCCUGCAUCGAUUCGUCCCCACUUUGUAGCUAAAACGCUUGGAAGCAGGCGCACUGUCCAGUGCUCAGUCAGUAUGAAAAUGUAAUGUUGAAGAGCCAGCUGCAAAUUUUGAACGUCAUCUGAGAAAAAAAUGAUAUAUGUCCCAAAGGCAAGUUUAAACAUUGUAGAUCAUCGAUCGGCACCUGUGUCAAUCGCUAUCCUGAGAAAAAUGAUUGAAUCAUUGCACUUUCCACUGCGGGAAUUCGCACUUUAUUUCGCGAUUUGAUAAUGAGAAAAGAAGUAUGCUAUCCGAUCGUAGAUCUCAAAAACCUACUCGUGCCACACCUCAGCCUGAGCCAAAUCCACUGCACAGCGAUUCAUUUUCUGCUAUUAUAUCAGACAUACUACCGUCAUGUCAUAACGAGUUGAAACAAAAAGGAAAUGUUCCCCUUGCGAAUAUCCAAACGUGCUGCGAUUAGACCUGAUCUAGAUUAGUGACAGAGCGUCAAUAUUUCCAAGAAUAUUUCCCCCUCGUCGACAGAUAAUAUUUGAUGAACCAGUGUAAAACUCAUGUGGUGCUAACACUACAAGUAUUCUGAUCUACAUGUUGAGUUUCACACCGGUCCAUCGGAUAUUAUCUUUAGAGAGGAGCGAAAUAUUUUCGGAAAUAUUGACGCUCGCUCUGUCACUAACUUAGAUCAGUUUUGAAUAGCAGCAUGUUUGGAUAUUCGCAAGAGAAACAGUAUUCCCCUUUAUUUUCUUCUUGUUUCAACUCGUUAUCACAAGACGGAAGUUUGUCCGGAAUUAUGGCAGCAAAUAAAUCACUUUGCCGUGGAUUUGACUCACUUUGAGGGGUGGUUGGUAUCGGAUGGCAUGAUUCUUAUCUCGUUAUCAAAAUCGCGAAAUUUAGUGCAAAUCAGCGUACAAGGAAUUGCAAAUUUUCAUUCAUUUUGCUCAGGGCAGAUGCCGUUCGAUGAAAUACAAUGAUUUUUACAUGCCUUUGGGCAGUAUAUACCAUUUCGUUAUAAGAUGAUGGUCGAAAUUUGCAGUCGGUUCUUGGACUUGGCCAGUUGAUGUGAAUGACAGUCGCUGAAAUUCAUAGACAGAGUCGACAGAAGUCGCCGAGCGCCUUUUAUUUUGGUGAUUUAGCGACAUUCUCGAUGAUCUAUUUUCGGUUUUAUGCCAUUUUCUUUCUCGUCACAGAAUCACAUGAUCAAAAUAUCUUGAAAGAAUUAAUUUAACAAUGAGAACACUAGAUUUCUGUUAUGUUGCAUCAUCUUCAUGGGAAAAAGAGCUUUAAAUAAUGUGAAAAACGAUCAAAUUCCGACACGUCGCAAUUCGAGUUCAAAUAUUGCAUUGUCCUACUAUGAAAACGUCAGAUCUGGAAACAAAAUUGCUGAGAGGUCAACACUGCACGUGAAUUGGUGAUCGAGCCAAACAGAGGGAUAACAGUGGUACAGUUGAAUAGUUGAUCAUCCAUCACGUAUAUCUGUUGAACUUUAUUGUGCUGUCAACUGGUUGGAGGAAAAUAGUUCAAAUGCAUCGCAGAUUGUUAAUUUUAUGCCAAAAAUUUUACCUACUAAUGUAUGAACCGUUCUGGUAAUGUGCCUGAAAGUUGUUGUUUGAAAUGUUGUAAUAUAUCAUUUGCGUUCAGAACGUACCGUUAU